AUGAAGCAUUGUAUCUGGUCACCUCGCUCUUGCUCACUCUCACUAUCCCCCUCCCCUCUCUCUUUCUCUCUCUCCCCUCUCUCUCACAUUCUCUCCUCUCUUUCUCUUUCUUUCUCUCUGUCUGUCUGUCUGUCUCUCUCUCUCUCUCUCUCUCUCUCUCUCUCUCUUAUCUUUUCCUUCUUUCUCUCUCUCUCUCUCUCUCUUUCCUUCUAUCUAAGUAGGAUUAAUUCUAUUUAUUUCUUAAUCUCUUGCUCUUUACCAUUAUUAGGACAUCUAAGGCGUUCCAACCCUCUCUUCUUCAGCGACAGCUCAUCACACUCGACCAUGUUCUUGGCUCCGAAUUUACCGCUUCCUUACCGACCACAUAACAGACAGAUUGAAAAUGGCAUUUCCUUACAAACAGUUUUACCCCUCUUUCGUUUGUUUGUUCUUCCUUGCCUUAGUUCAUGCAUUUUCUACAAACCUUUUUACCACUCUUUCUUUCUUUCUAUCUUUCUUUCUUUCUUUCUUUCUUUCUUUCUUUUUUGUUCGCUUGCUUUCCAAUCCAAUUCACAUUUCCCCCUCUUUCUUCAUUUUCAAUUAUCAUCGCUCCACUUCCAUUUUCGCCCUAAACAUCAUAUUCUUUCUCCCCUAGAACUCAUUCCUCCUCCCUUCACAAAUUCCCACCGUGUUAUUCGCCUAUUCCUUCACCUGUAUAUCAUUUCUUCUUUGCCGUCUAUCCUUCUCCUCCUACCCUUCCAUCGAUCCUUCCCGUACUUUCUUUCAUGUUUUCUUCUGAAACUUUGUUUCUUGCUCGUUUCUCUUCAUUCAUUCAUUUUCAUCUCACGUAUUAUGCUAAUAGCAUCCAGCUAG